GGUUCUGCUGCAGAAGCGGGAGUAUUUUUCUUUACUAUAGGGGCCAAUGUGCAAUAUUCAACGAGACUGUCGGCAGCGUGAAUCAAAGUGAGAAACCGUGCAGUUGCGCGGCGUAUUCAAUCCCUGAAAGUGUGGACUGUGCAGUGCGUGUAAUUUUGUCGAGCUCUUUAAUGGACAAAAAAAUAUAUAUAUAUAUACAAUACAUACAUAUAUAUUUUUGUGCAAUAUAUGUUAGGAAGAAAUACUUCAGCGCAAUUUAAAAUAGUGCACAUCAAGAAACAAGAAAAUAGUGCACAUCAAAAAACAAGAAAAUUGACUGUCAAAUUGUGCGUGAAACGAGUGUCACCUUAUUGGGAAAUAAAAAAGGAACUUAUUUGAAUAUUCAGUGCAAUCUUCAACGAAGUUUCUUGAAUUUUUCAGGAUGAAGUUUGGCCACACAAUUGACGAUUCGCGAAAGAAAUACCCGGAGAUUACGGACGAGCUUAUAAAGAGUCUGCAAAAGUGGGCCGAUGAUCGAGAUCUUCCGAAAAUCCCCGAAGAACAAUUGGCAUUAUUCACGCACAGUUGUUAUUAUGAUUUGACGGCCACGGAACGAUGCAUGGACGUUUAUUACAGAAUGCGCUCCACGAUCCCGGAAUUUUUUUACGACAGAGAUCCUGAGUAUCUGCAACAAUCUUUAAAAAUUUUGGAAUUCGUAGCUCUUCCCAAGCCAGAUCGAAACGGCUCCCGGAUAAUCUUUCAUCGUCUGGCGGAUUCACGAUCUUCCCGAUACAUGUUCAACGACGGUAUCAAGCUGCUGUUGAUGUCCAUCGACGCGGACCUCUACACGGAGGGUUGCUCGCCGGGAUACAUUUUCCUCUUCGACAUGCAUAACGUGAGACUUGGACACUUGACCAGGCUGUCGAUAAGCAGUAUUCGCUGGUUCUUCGAGUAUCUUCAGGAUGCCAUGCCGGUUAGGCUCAAGGCCAUCCAUGUUUUGAACGCGGUCUGGUUCAUGGAUAAAAUCAUCGCGCUCAUCAGACCGUUUAUGAAGCGAGAACUUUACGAGAUGCUUCAUAUUCAUACCGGUGACGUCUCCGACAUAUAUUCUCAUAUACCGCCCGAAUGUCUGCCGAAAGACUACAAUGGGGAAUUGGAUUAUGUCGCAAAUCUUCAUGAAGCGCACUGCAUGAAGUUGAAUCAAUUGCGAGAUUAUUUCCGCGAAGAGGAGACCCUAUUCCGUAAUUAUUCGCCUAAUAAAGCGAAAAUAGCGAGUAAUCAAAAUCUUAUGCAAACUAAGGAUCUGAAAGAUCAUGUGAACGAUGAUGAUAGUUGAUGCAAGAUCCUGAUGCGUAACGAGCAGCGUAGGUUAAUGCGUGUACAGGUAAAUAAAGAUCAGGAUAUCAUCGUUAUUGCUUUCUAAGUCUUAUGUAUGAUUUCCCGUAAAUAAUUGCGUCCUUGAUUUCAAGAUCUCGAAGAUAUCAUCAACAUACUUUCAGUGUAUUCUUUACGGCCUUCUUUGAAAUUAUAUAAAGCACAGUUAGAAAGGAAGAUUUCUUACACGAAUCGUGCUUAUAAUAAAUCUGAGAAUCAAAGUAGAGCUGAAAAAAGAUUAUCGGCGCAAUUACCAAUUUAUAUUUCAAAUUUUCGACUUGAUUAUUUGAGUCUAAAUACAGAGUAAAAGUGUUUUUCGAAAUAAGAGAAAAAUUAGAAAAUAUAAGACCUUUGUCUUUUCAAAUAAUAUCUGAAUAUGAUGAGUUUAUAAAGUUUUUUUAUAUCGCAAUUCUUUACGAAUCUUUCUUAAAGAACGAUUUCAAAAGUCGGUGCACUAAUUAAAAUAAGUAGCU